AUGAAGUUGAGCCGGCAGCUCACCGUUUUCGGCAGCGCUAUCUUCUGCGUGGUGAUCUUCUCGCUCUACCUGAUGCUGGACCGGGGUCACUUGGACUACCCCAAGAGCCCGCGCCGCGAGGGCUCCUUCCCGCAGGGCCAGCUUUCAAUGUUGCAAGAAAAAAUAGACCAUUUGGAACGUUUGCUAGCUGAGAAUAAUGAAAUCAUCUCAAAUAUUAGAGACUCGGUCAUCAAUUUGAGUGAAUCUGUGGAGGAUGGUACGAAAAACUCGAAAGGCAACUUCAGCCAUGGUGCUGGCUCGCCUCUUCUGCCGGCGAAACAUCCGUCCCUCGCAGUUGACCCUGGAGACUGCCUGUUUGCUUCACAGAGUGGAAGCCACAGUCCAGAUGUGCAGAUGUUGGAUGUUUACAGUCUAAUUCCUUUUGACAAUCCAGAUGGUGGAGUUUGGAAGCAAGGAUUUGACAUCACUUAUAAGCCUGAUGAAUGGGACACUAAGCCCCUUCAAGUGUUUGUGGUGCCUCACUCCCAUAAUGACCCAGGUUGGUUGAAGACCUUUGAUGACUACUUUAGAGAGAAGACCCAGUAUAUUUUUAAUAAUAUGGUUGUCAAGUUGAAAGAAGACCCCCGGAGAAAAUUUAUAUGGUCUGAGAUCUCUUACCUUUCGAAGUGGUGGGAAACUAUAGAUGUUCAGAAGAAGGAUGCUGUUAAAAGUUUGCUAGAAAAUGGUCAGUUUGAAAUUGUGACAGGUGGCUGGGUAAUGCCUGAUGAAGCUGGUGCACAUUACUUUGCCAUAAUCGACCAACUAAUCGAAGGACAUCAGUGGCUGGAGACAAACCUAGGAGUGAAACCUCGGUCUGGUUGGGCUAUCGACCCGUUUGGACAUUCACCAACAAUGGCUUAUCUUCUAAAACGUGCUGGAUUUUCUCGCAUGCUUAUUCAGAGAGUUCAUUAUGCAGUUAAAAAACAUUUUGCAUUGCAUAAAACACUGGAGUUUUUUUGGAGACAGAAUUGGGAUCUGGGAUCUGUCACAGACGUUUUUUGCCAUAUGAUGCCCUUCUACAGCUACGACAUCCCCCACACUUGUGGACCCGAUCCUAAGAUAUGCUGCCAGUUUGAUUUUAAACGGCUUCCUGGAGGCAGAUACGGUUGUCCCUGGGGAGUCCCCCCAGAAACAAUAUAUCCUGGAAAUCUCCAGAACAGGGCCGAGAUGCUUCUGGACCAGUACCGAAAGAAGUCAAAGCUUUUCCGCACCACAGUUGUGCUGGCCCCACUGGGAGACGAUUUCCGCUACACUGAACGCACCGAAUGGGAUCAUCAGUUCAAGAAUUACCAGCUGCUUUUUGAUUAUAUGAAUUCUCACCCUCAGUAUAAUGUUAAGAUACAGUUUGGGACUUUAUCAGACUAUUUUGAUGCACUAGAAAAAGAAGCUUCAGCCAAUAGUAGGAAUAGCCAAUCAAUAUUCCCUGUUCUAAGUGGAGAUUUUUUCACUUACGCUGACCGAGAUGAUCAUUACUGGAGUGGCUAUUUUACAUCCAGACCCUUUUACAAGCGAAUGGACAGGACACUGGAAUCCCAUUUAAGGGCUGCUGAAAUCCUUUACUAUUUCGCCCUGAAACAAGCUAAGCAGUACAAGAUAAGUAAAUUUCUUUCAUCAUCCCAUUAUGUGAUGCUGACAGAAGCAAGACGAAAUCUGGGACUGUUCCAACAUCAUGAUGCAAUCACAGGAACUGCGAAAGACUGGGUGGUUGUGGACUAUGGCACCAGACUCUUUCAUUCACUGAUGAAUUUAAAGAAGGUAAUUGGACAUUCUGCACUGCUGCUUAUUUUGAAGGACAAACACUUAUACGACUCUUACUCUUCGGAUACCUUCCUAGAAAUGGAUUUGAAACAAAGAACGCAAAGUUCUCUGCCACAAAAACAUGUAAUAAGUCUGAGUGCAGAGCCAAGGUACCUCGUGGUCUAUAACCCCUUGGAACAAGCUCGAAGCUCUGUGGUCUCCGUCUGUGUGAGCUCACCCGCAGCGCAGGUGUCCUCUGCUUCAGGAGAGCCUGUGGAAAUCCAGAUGAGUGCAGUGUGGGAGACGGCAAAUACUGCCUCACAGACAGUCUACGAGAUAUCUUUUCUAGCAGAGAUGCCACCAUUGGGACUGAAAGUGUAUAAGAUUUUGGAAACAUCAAGUUCAAGUCCACAUUUAGUCAAAUAUGACCUAUAUAAUGGUAAUAUAGCAAAUGAAGGAAUUUUCAACAUGAAUAACAUAAAAAGUGCUCAAGAAGCUAUAACUCUAGAGAACUCCUUUAUUAAGCUGCGCUUUGGUCAAUCUGGGCUUUUGGAGGAAAUGAUAAAUAAAGGAGAUGGUAAAAGUCUUGAAGUGAAAGUACAGUUUUCAUGGUAUGGAACCACAAGUAAAAAGGAUAAAAGUGGUGCCUACCUCUUCUUACCCGACGGGGAAGCCAAGCCUUAUGUUUACACAGCACCACCCUUUGUCAGAGUGCAACGUGGAAGGUUUUAUUCGGACGUGACUUGCUUUUUUGAACAUGUUACCCACAGAGUUCGACUGUACAACAUACACGGAGUAGAAGGACAGUCUGUGGAGAUUUCCAAUAUUGUAGACAUCCGAAAAGAGCAUAACUAUGAGAUUGCAAUGAGAAUUUCUUCUGGCAUCAACAGCCAAAACAGAUUUUAUACUGACCUAAAUGGAUACCAGAUUCAGCCUAGAGUGACGAUGAGCAAAUUGCCUCUUCAAGCGAACGUCUAUCCCAUGACUACAAUGGCGUAUAUCCAGGAUGCCGAGCGCCGCUUGACUCUGCUCUCUGCUCAGUCUUUGGGUGUUUCGAGUCUGAAAAGUGGUCAGAUUGAAGUUAUCAUGGAUCGAAGACUCAUGCAAGAUGAUAAUCGUGGCCUUGAACAAGGCGUCCAUGAUAACAAGAUUACAGCUAAUUUAUUUCGAAUACUUCUAGAAAAAAGAAGUGUCAUGAAUAUGGAAGAAGACCAGAAGGCGGUCAGUUACCCUUCGCUUCUUAGCCACAUAACAUCUUCUUUCCUGAAUCACCCUGUCUUCCCAAUGACAGAAAAGGUCCCUGUGCCCACCCUUCAGCUGCUGGGUGGAUUCUCUCCCUUAAUGUCACCUUUGCCCUGUGACAUUCACCUGGUUAAUCUGAGGACAAUGCAGUCAAAGGUGGACGGCAAGCACUCCAGCGAGGCUGCCUUGAUCCUCCACAGGAAGGGGUUUGACUGCCGCUUCUCUAGCAGAGACACCGGGCUGCUGUGUUCCACAACCCAGGGAAAGAUAUUGGUCCAGAAACUUUUUAGCAAGUUCACUGUUGUAAGUAUCAUACCUUCGUCAUUAUCCUUGAUGCAUUCUCCUCCAGACGCCCGAAAUAUAAGUGAAAUCAACUUGAGUCCCAUGGAAAUCAGCGCAUUCCGAAUCCACCUGAGGUGAACCCGGCUUUCCGAUCUGGAUCUUCCAGUCCAUUUCCAGCAUUGGCUUUCAUGCACU